AUGGAAGAAUUUCCUUUUCCCUUUACAGGCACCAUUCCACCAACUACUAAUCCAGCUAACGCAACAAGACCUUCUAAUACAUCUAGUCCAGGCACCAUUCCACCCACUACUAAUCCAGAAUUAUGCGGCGAAAGUCAACUGUAUCCUCCUGGAAAACUCACAAGCCCUCUUCAUCCCCUUUCAUACCCUCACUACUUGGAUUGCAGUUGGACGAUUUCCAGCACCAAUGGAAGAAAAAUUUUACUACAGUUUACUUCAUUCUUGCUGGAAGGUAGUUACAGUUGUGGAUUUGACUAUUUGGAAGUUUAUGAUGGAGAUUCAGCAAAUACGACGAAACUGGGCAGAUUCUGUGGAAACCAAUUACCAAGAAGCCUGGUAUCAUCUGGACUCAAACUCUUCAUCGUGUUUCACUCGGAUUAUAGCGUGUCAGCACCGGGAUUUGUUCUGAACUAUUCAACACCAUUAGAUGUAAAUGAAUGUUACUUUGGAACACACAACUGCGCUAUUGGAGCGUCAUGUGUCAAUACGAAUGAAUCGUUUUACUGCAUUUGUGAAAACGGUUAUACCGGAGAUGGCGUAACCUGCACAGAUAUCAAUGAAUGUGAACUUGGAAUUGAUAACUGUCAUUCUCAAGCAUCAUGUCGCAAUACCAAUGGGUCGUUCGACUGUUCUUGCAACUUUGGCUUUAGUGGAGAUGGAAUAGCAUGCAACGCGACAAGACCUUCUAAUACAUCUAAUCCAGGCACCAUUCCACCCACGCAACGCAACGUGACAAGACCUUCAAAUACAUCUGAUCCAGAUACGACGCCUUCUAAUACAUCAAGUCGAGGCACCAUUCCACCCACUAUUAAUUCAGGCAACGUUACAAGAUCCUCUAAUACAUCUAAUCCAGGCACCAUUCCACCAACUACUAAUCCAGAUGGUUCGUAUGAAUGUACCUGCCAUGAGGGCUAUGAAGGAAACGGCAAAAAUUGUACAGAUGUCAAUAUGUGCGAAGACAAUCCUUGCCAUGUGAAUGCAAAUUGCACCACUGUUAAUGGAUUGUAUGUAUGUAUUUGUCACGAAGGAUAUGAAGGCAAUGGCACCAGCUGUACAGGUACAUCAUAA